GAACAAUGGCGCCGAAUUCAUCCAAUUUCGCGCAUCUGCUCCAUGACGUCUCGGUGUAUCACGAAGAGCGACUUCCCAUUGAAUUGGCAGAGGCAUGCAUAGAUUGGCUGAGCGACGACCUAGAGGCGCUCUACACCUGCGCCCGGGUAUGCCGUGCUUGGCUGCCCAGGUCCUACAGCCGUCGAUUUUGCGUGCUGCAGUACGGUGAUGUCACUGGAUCUCCGGGGUUUUUGCCGCCCAGCGCGACAAACAUCGUCCGUCUGCUCGACUACCUCGGGGAGAACGACCGGGUGUGCACCUUCGUGCGGGAGCUGCGCUUGCGGACGAGGCGCGACCGUCUCCAGCUGAGCAUGCUGCGAAGAUUACUCUCCCAUCUUCCACACCUUCUCAUAUGCGAGCUCGACGGCCCCACCCUGAACAGCUUCGUAUCCGGUUUCACCUAUCCCAUGCGCCCCUACACGCCAAAGGCACUGCGGACCUUAGUGGUGCGCGCUCCUCGCGCAGCAAGAAAUCAUGCAGAGCUCAACGAAGUCCUCGAACUCUUCUCCGAUGUUGACGACUUGCAGCUCAGCCUGCUGGAUCCGCACCCAAAUCAAGCUGACGUCGGAAGGCGCGGCAGUAUCCGCAGGAACCCAGGACUUAGGGUGUCAAAGCUCACAUUGGACAGCCGCUUUCCGCUCACCGCAGCACAGUCUCUGCGCGAGCUGCGUUUUGUACUGGACAAAACCACGCUGAGCUCACUGUCCUGUCCUGCCUUUGGCAUUCAGGCCAUCGACUCCAACGCUCUUGAUCUCUUUCUGCAGGAGCAUGGUUCAUCCCUAUCUACGCUGAAUAUCACCGACGUUGCGCGCGAGGUCGAUCACUCGUUGCACCUCCUCAAUAUAUGCCCCUCAAUCGCCUCGCUCCGACUGACAGUGCCUUUGCCUGUCGGCUCGACAUGGCACAGUCCCAACUUUAAUGGCGGGUGGAAUGCGCUAUGCUCUGUCCUGUGGAACGCACCUCCUUCGCUUCGGGAGCUCUAUGUUGUUCUGGAUCCAAUCAGCGAUGACAAAACUUCCCCGCUGGGUGUGCAUGCUCGAGAGGUCCUUGUGGCCUUGCAUACCCUCGACUGGUCUGCGGUCGACAGGCAUCUGCGGCGUCAAGGUAAAGCAUGCGGACACCGUCUUUAUUUGCGCAUUAUGGACAAGCAGUUUGAGGGCGUGCAGACGCUUCUUCUUGUGGCUGAGCAAUUGGUAGAGGCGAAACUGACCGGGCGGGUGCGGCGCUAUGUGGACUACGGACUGAUAUCUCCUUUGGCUUUACAGUCUGUUGUAUAGUUAUCUUUUUGCAAUAUGCUUCUGGACUUUAUCUGUAUGAAGUUUCCAUCUAUAUCUCGGACAAUUUUCAAUGUCAUCGC